CACAAGCCCGGCCCGGCCCGUGGCGGCUACACCGACAGCGGGCUGGGAGAGGCGCACAGCCGUCGCCGAGGCCCAGGCCGCGACCGCCCGCCCGCCCGCCCGCCGUUCCUCCCAGCAUCCCGCGAGCUCCGGGCGGGGAACCCCUGAAGGGCCCGCGGCCAGGCGGCCUCCGCGGCUGGGCCGAAGGGGACGACGAGGGUGCCGCCGCUGUCCGCAGGUCCCCGGGCCGGCCUCCCGCCGCCGCCGCGGGAGCGACCGCCACGAAGCGACUGCCACGUCAGGCCGACUUCACAGACCGGGCGCGGGCGGUGACGCAGCGACGCGGCGGGCGGGCGCGUCGGCCCCCGACGUCAGCCCCGCAGGCCGUCUGCAGCCCGGCGCCCGGUUCGGCGACCGGCCGGCCCUCAGGGAGGCGGACCCAGCUCGCCCGCGUCGGUCGGUCGGUCGCUCGCUCGCUCGGUCGGGCUGGACUGGGCGCUGUCAGCCGAGGCCGUCGCCAGGCGCGUCCGCCGCGCGAGACCGGGGCAGCCGCGGCGCUGACGGGAGCGGCAGCGGGGAGGCUCGCCAUGGAGACCCGCUACAACCUGAAGAGCCCGGCUGUUAAGCGAUUGAUGAAAGAAGCAGCAGAAUUAAAAGAUCCAACAGAUCAUUACCAUGCUCAGCCUCUGGAGGAUAACCUUUUUGAAUGGCACUUCACAGUCAGAGGCCCCCCAGAUUCUGAUUUUGAUGGAGGAGUUUAUCAUGGACGCAUAGUACUGCCACCAGAAUACCCCAUGAAACCACCAAGCAUUAUUCUGCUAACAGCUAAUGGGCGAUUUGAAGUAGGCAAGAAGAUCUGUUUAAGUAUCUCAGGACAUCAUCCUGAAACCUGGCAGCCUUCAUGGAGCAUAAGGACAGCAUUGCUGGCCAUCAUUGGGUUUAUGCCAACUAAAGGAGAGGGAGCCAUAGGUUCUCUAGAUUACACACCUGAGGAGAGAAGAGCACUUGCCAAAAAAUCACAAGAUUUCUGUUGUGAAGGCUGUGGCUCUGCCAUGAAGGAUGUCCUGCUGCCUUUAAAAUCUGGAAGUGAUUCAAGCCAGGCUGAUCAAGAAGCCAAAGAACUGGCCAGACAGAUUAGUUUUAAGGCCGAAGUCAAUUCAUCUGGAAAGACUAUCGCUGAAUCAGACUUAAACCACUCUUUCUCACUAAAUGAUUCACAAGAUGAUUUACCUACAACAUUCCAGGGUGCUACAGCAAGCACAUCGUAUGGAGCCCAGAACCCAUCUGGAGCACCCUUGCUGCAACCUACCCAGUCAGCUCCUAAGAGUACCUCCAUGAGCCCUCGGCAGCGCCGAGCCCAGCAGCAGAGUCAGAGAAGGCCAUCCUCUGCCCCCGACGUAACCCAGGGCCAGCCACCAAGAGCCACCCGCACGGAGCAUGGCGGCUCAGCCGUGCUCAUCGUCAUCCUGACAUUGGCAUUGGCGGCUCUCAUAUUCCGACGAAUAUAUCUGGCCAAUGAGUACAUAUUUGACUUUGAGUUAUAAUGCUGCUUUGUGACUUGAGAGCUGUGACUCAGUUGCUUCAUUAAACAUUCUGCAUUGGGUAUAACCUAA